CAUUCUCCAACUACUCCCACGGACAGACAGUGCCAUCUCGACACCGCCCGCCGAGCUGCUGCCUCCGGCUCCCCCCAAAAGCCACGCGGCGCGAGUCGAGCCAGGCACGCACGCGACGCGAGCGAGCAUGGCGGAUCGGCAUCAGCACGUCCACGCGCACGGCGAGCGGCCGGACUCGCCGUCGGCGACGCUGCUGCGGCGGGUGCAGACCCACGCGCCCAACUCAACGCAGGUGGUGGGCUUCCUGGCGCUGCUCGUGUCAGGCGCCGUGCUCCUCCUCCUGACGGGGCUCACGCUGACGGGCGCCGUCGUGGCGCUCGUCUUCCUGGGCCCGAUCGCGCUGCUCACCAGCCCCAUCUGGGUGCCCGUCGCCAUCGCAGUCUCCGUCCUCGUCGCCGCCGCGCUCUCCGCCUGCGGCUUCGCCGUCGCGGCGCUCGCGGCGGGCACCUGGAUGUACCGCUACUUCACGGGGCGCCACCCCGUGGGCGCCGACCGGGUGGACUACGCGCGCAGCCGGAUCGCCGACACGGCCAGCCACGUCAAGGACUACGCGCGCGAGUACGGCGGCUACCUGCACAGCCGCUCCAAGGACGCCGCGCCAGGCGCCUAGGCGCGGCGGCGGCGCGCGCGUUGCCGGUAGCUAGGUCGUCGCGGUCUCUUUUCGUUUCAUCUUUGCGUGUGUGCUCCAAUCCAAUCUCUCUCCGUGAUGUCAAUUUCCUCUGCUUUUUGCUAGGACACGUAAGGUGUUUAUCUUGGUACAAUUUUAUCUUGCUUUAUCCUCGUGUAAUUAGGCAUUUAGUUGAAUCAUAAGAGGACUCGUCUUGGCAGCCCGAUGAA